UUUCGGUCUAGAAGUAAUAUGGCUUCGCUUGACGACGACCUCCUCUUUCUACUUGCGUGCAAUGGCCGAAAUCUUUCCUAGGCCCAGGGCCCAGGCUAGAAAGAAAGACUUCGGCGAGUCAGGUUUAAUUCCCAACUUGCUGUCGCAACUUCCUCCACGGCUCCGCCCUGGCCAUCGCUCUCGCCAGCUCCUCUCGUCCUUCCCCUCCGGUCUUGCCGCCUGCGAACACGCCAACACGGCAUGGUGGUCUCCUACACGCAGGAGCACGUGUACCACCACCCCUGGCACCGCGUCACCGCCGCGGCGUGGCGCAAGUUCACGGACCCUGCCGCGCGCGCCGCCGCGCUCUGCCACAUCAUCGAUGUGCACACGCUGUCCCGCGACGUCGACCCGCGCUCGGGGCACCUCCGCGCCGUUCGCGCCAUCGCGGGGCGUGCCCCGCCGAUCCCGUUCCUCCUCCGCCGCCUCGCUUCAGCCGGCGCGGGCGACGUGGUGCUCUGCGUCGAGAGUACAGACGUGGACGCGCCCGCGCGCGACAUGCGGGUGGUCUCCCGCAACGCCAGCCUCCGGGGGCUUGUGGACGUGGAGGAGCGGUGCAGCUACGCGCCCCACCCAGUGCGGCCGGACGAAUGGACGCUGUUCCGGCAGGAGACAACCAUCCGGUGCGCGCCGCUGGCCGCCGUGGCGGCCAAGGUGGCCGAGCUUGUGGAGCGGCGCUGCGCGGAGAGGUUCGCCCAGAAUGCGGCCAAGGGGCGGGAGGUCGUGGAGAGGAUCUGCGAUGAUCUCGCAGAGCAGGACUCGCUUCAGUGACCGAGGUAGAAGCGGAGUGUUGAUGAAGCGCGGUUCUUGCGAAUGCUGAUGCUUGUCAGUGUGCGUGUGCAGAUUUGGUAAUAUGUGAAUACUCCGCGUGAGUAAGAAGUGAAAAUUUCGACAUAUCUUCGCGUGUGCGUAUCUUCGCCUGCUCUGUACAGGCGAAGCAGAUGACUGAAGAACAACAUUGUGUUUUUGGACGCUGAAGUGCUGAACAGUAGUUAUUCUUUGCACAAUUCGAACAAUUUCGAGACUAAAUUUACGAGUGAAGGACAGCAAAAGCUGCAGUCUCAAAACCUGAAAAAAAAUAUCUGAACUUCAAGCCUGAUCUGAAGCAGCACCAGCAGUCGCCGCCAGCAUACAGUUCGUGAUUCCAGGUAUCCCGGAUAGUUAUCUACUAUCCGCCUGAACCAUCUGACUGAUCUGCUGCUGGUAGCCUGUACAAUUGGGUGAUGUGUCACAGAGCUAGUACUACAAAUAAUAUCUCGCCGGAUCUUGCCUUCUUGGCUCUCAUGCUCCCGAGUCCCGACCUGAGGAUUGUUCGUCGAUAAAGACAGCCUAAAACGUACGCUAUCUUUGUAGCGAUCUAGCUGGCUGCUUGACCUGUCAUAUCACUCGAACUGUGCUCGAGCUCACCCUUCCGAGCAGAGAGAGGA